CCGUUAACCGUCCCGUCAUACCUCGCGUGGCCAACGGCUCUCCGCUCAUUGAAUCCCCGAACUCAGCCUUCAGCUCGGUUUGGUGGAUAUUUGGAGACAACCAGGCCGUUCAGCUCGAUUUGGUGGAAUAAUCUGGAGGAAACCAGGCCGCAGCACCGACCCGGCCUUCUGUUUAUCUCACUACGGCGGCGGGGCGUGCUCACCUGAGGAUCGCUGGCUCGGAUCUGGUCGGGGAGGCAGGGGGGAAGUCCAGAGCUGGUCCUGGGUGAUGAUGGAGCUGGAGGCGGCCAGUAACAGGGGCGAUCUGGGAGCUGUGGGGGACUCUCUGCAGCCGCAGACCCCCAGCAGACACGAGAAGAGCCUGGGACUGCUCACUACCAAGUUUGUAACUUUACUGCAGGAGGCGAAGGACGGAGUUCUGGACCUGAAGGCGGCGGCAGACACUUUGGCAGUGCGGCAGAAACGACGGAUCUACGACAUCACUAAUGUGCUGGAAGGAAUCGGACUGAUUGAAAAGAAGUCCAAGAACAGCAUCCAGUGGAAGGGUGUUGGUCCGGGCUGCAACACCAGGGAGAUUGCCGAUAAGCUGAUAGAUCUGAAGGCCGAGCUGGAUGACCUGGCCCUCCGAGAGCAUGAGCUGGACCAGCAGAGAGUCUGGGUCCAGCAGAGCAUCAAGAACGUCACAGACGACUCCAACAACAGUCCUAUGGCGUAUGUAAAACAUGAAGACCUCUGUGGAGCUUUUAAAGGCGACACCCUCCUGGCCAUCCGUGCUCCAAUAGGAACCCAGCUGGAGGUGCCCAUCCCAGAGGCUGUUCUGAAUGGACAGAGGAAGUACCAGAUCCGUCUCAAGAGUUCAUCUGGUCCCAUUGAGGUUUUAUUGGUCAAUAAGGACCCCUCCAGUGCCUCUCCUGGUUUGCCCGUCCCUCCUCCAGAUGAUGUCCUCCAGAACCUCCCAGCACCGACAGCUACCUCCCAGCCGCCCCCUGCUGCCUCGCAGGUCUCCAAAGCAGCUCCAUCCACUCCCACUAAAGCAUCUCUGUCCACAGCGUCGGCUCCUGCAGCCAAUCAGACGAUGCCGGAGGUGACGAGCACCACGCCUCUCACUCCGACAGCAGAACCUCCUGCAGCCGUCAGCCAGCAGCUCCAGUCCUCCGCCUCUCUGGAUGGAUCUGCAUCUUCUGCUGCAUCUUCUGCUGCCUCUGCAGUGUUUGAACCAAUAAAGUCAGACCCAUCUGAACUGCUGGACUUUCCCAAAGAGCUGUCAGAAAUGUUUGAUCCAACAAAAGAGAUCAUGAGUGGAGAUCUGUUGGAGGACUUGAUGUCAUCAGAAGUGUUCUCUCCUCUCCUCCGUCUGUCUCCUCCACCCAGUGACCAUGACUACAUCUACAACCUGGAUGAGACAGAAGGUCUGUGUGACCUGUUUGACGUUCCCAUCCUGAACCUCUGACCCUGAGGAUGUUGGAUUCAGUCAUCCAGAUGUUCUGAGUUUCUCUGACUGACAGUGGAGAGGAGCCUGAUGACGUUUGAAGGACAGCUCUGGUAGAUGAACCUGAGCUCCGUCAGACAGCAGCUCCUCGUCCAGAACAAAACAUUUUACUUUUCCAAGGAAAGAGAGUUGGAAUUCUAUUUUUGGAUUCUUGUGUAUUGUAAAGCGUUUUAUUUGUGUUUCAGCUUUUUCCGUGUGCUCGUGAGUGAAGCACACUUUAUGUAAGCGUGUCUUUUUAUGGAACUGUCUCCAGGAGUGAAGAACAAGAGAAAUCUUCUUCCUAUCAGGUCAAGUCCCAGCCCAACCAGCUGGUUAAAUAUGCACUGUCCUCAUGUACAUAGAGAUUUAUAUUUUGUAUAACCAGCUCGGAUUUAUUAACGACGUUUGUAUGGCAGGCAGAGCAGUAGUUUAAUCACACCACACGUAUGAACCGCUUUGUUCUGGAUAAUCAGACUUUAAUUAAACCUUCCAGUGUUGGAGUUUCACUGAACCAGUCUGAGACAAUGUUCAGACUGAAGUCACUAAGUUUAGAAUCAAAUCACUUCAGAAGGUGCUGGUUAAAAUAUGAACCAUUUCCUGUAAACUCUACAUUAUCAUCAGACUGCUUCAGAUCUUCCAAACUGACAGGUUUCAUCUUAUAAAGUGUUUUUUUGGCUCUGGUGUCCGUAGGAGGAGUUAGCUCUCCAUCUUCCACAGUAAGAUGUUCAGUUCUAUCUUCUGAAUCCCUGUUGGUUUGGAUGAUUUCUCAUGUAUUUUUACUGAUGCAGUGGAUUUCCUCAUCGUCAUUAAAUGUGCUCCUGUUUUGUAUAUUUGGCACAGAUCCCUAUUCAGUCAUUUUUAUUGUUUUUUUGGAGUAAAUGAAAGUAUUUCCUGUCACUCUAAAUUAGUUUUUUCAGCUCCAAUUAUGGUCUCUGUGCAGCAGACAGAUGAGCAUUGGGCUGUUGAAUGCAACCAUCCAUUAUUCAUUUUCUUCAGUAAAACCUCUUUCUGGGUGUAAUAAUGUCCUGUUUUUGCCUGGAUGACAUGUCUGUAUGUACUGUGUAUAUCCCUCUACUGCUUGUAUAGAAUAGCAUUUAUUUUUUGUACCAGCUAGAAUAUUAUUCCAGGAUCGUUGCUACUAAUUUGGGGCGACACGUCAAAAUUAAAGGAGUUUUUGUUCACUAAAAACAUCCCGUCUGAUUUGACGGACCGUCGCUGCUCAUCCUCAUCCAGCCGGGCGACGGGUUGGGAUGGAGGCUGGAUGUCUUUGGUCUGGGAUGGAGGCUGGAUGUCUUUGGUCUGGGAUGGAGGCUGGAUGUCUUUGGUCUGGGAUGUCCUCUCAGACUGGUUUUCUAACAGGCUGAAGUUUGCUAAGCUGUAAUUGCUUCAAAAGAAACAGAAUAAACUUUUGGUAUUAAAUAAA